AUGUCUUACAUCUCGUAUCGUCUCGCAACGAUCACUGCUUCGGUCAUUUUCAUUUUGGUGAUACUUUUACUGAUCCUUUGGACUGGUUUCUUCGGCAACACCACUUCCAUUGCCGGGGCAUUUCACAAGGAUCAAAGCGCCGCUCCCAUCGUUCGUCAGCAAUCCAACAACACUGACAAGCGACACGAGGAUGAACGCCGGGAACCGCUCGUGUCAGAUCGAUCUGUCGCCGCUCCCCUGGAAUCAAAUACAACAGAUAUUAGCAAUGAAGUCUUACGUCAACCAAUAAAAGAUGCCUCGUCGAGACAGGAAAAUAGCGACGAGAAGUUCACAUCAGGAAACUCCAAGGGCGAAAUUUUACCCACCGACAAAGGAGACCUGGAAUAUGUCAAUUUAUUUAAAGUCACACGAAAUCGUUACGAGGAUCCACCCGAUGAAUAUUCAGCUCAUAAAAGACAUCACAGUGGACACUUCCGGCAUAAAAGCGCAAAAGUUUGGGAUCCACAUCCUCAAUACGAAUUCACAGCUUUCGGGCGACAUUUUCACUUGCUCCUCUCUCUUGAUUCCAGUUUCGUUUUUCCAGGUUUGAAGAUAACGCACAUUAGAAAAAAUACCAGCAAGUGGGAACACGCGGGUCAACAUCUGGAUUGUUUUUACAGAGGAGAAGUGGAUGGCGAUCCAAAUUCUAUUGUAGCAGUUAAUUUAUGCGGUGGAAUGACAGGACACAUGACAACGUCAACAGGAAGUUACCUCAUUAAGCCAACGAAGCAUUGGACUGACGAUGAGGAUACAUCCACCGAAUCAUCACUGCAGCAUGCGAUUUACAGGACUCCAUCCGCCGAUUUGACUCUUACGAAUGACCUGCCAAGAAACCACGAGUGUGGUGUCAUCGAUUACGCAGAAAACAAUCCACUUGUUUCUUUCGAUGACAGUUCUAAAAGGAGAGUGUACAUUGAAGAAGACCAACAUCGAAGGCGGAAACGUCGUCAAUUAUGGAAGAACACGUCCCCUGAUGAUUUUGAAAAGCAGGACACUCCCAUCCGGAAUCAAAGUCGAUACGAAUUGAUGGGGCGAAGUAAAAUUUAUCCGAGCGAAAAUGAUCGUAACUGGAGUCACCAGUCAUCGGUGGAGGCUGAUUUUGAUAAUUAUGGUGGCUGGAGAACACGCAGGGCCAUUUCACGAGAAUAUUUCGUUGAAGUUCUAAUUGUCGCUGAUUCCAUGAUGUCCGAAUAUCAUGGAGAUGGCCUUAUCAGUUACAUUCUUGUCCUCAUGAACACGGUAACUCGUAUUUACAAGGAUCCAUCGAUUGGGAAUCCAGUAAGUAUUGCAGUGGUGAAAAUAAUCAACACUGACGAGGUGUUUUUUACAAAAAAACGUGACGCCGAUGGAAUUUCUGCAUCGGAAAUGCUGAAAAAAUUUUGCUCUUGGCAGAAGCGUAACAAUCCUGAUGAGCCAUCAGGAGAACAUCAUGAUAUCGCAGUUCUUCUGACAAGGGAGAAUUUGUGCCACAAUAUUGACAACAAAAAUUGUAACACACUUGGUCUUGCCGAACUUGGCAGAAUGUGUUCUCCCGGAUCCUCGUGUGCUAUUGUCCAGGACAAUGGAUUGUCAGCUGCAUUCACCAUCGCUCAUGAAAUUGGUCACGUAUUCAAUAUGCCACACGACGAUGAUAGUAGAUGUGCAAGAUUUAGAAAUAUGUCGGGUAAAUCUGAAACCUACAAUGUCAUGUCUCGAAUGAUGGAUGACAAUUCUUAUCCAUGGGAAUGGUCCAAAUGUUCACGUCAUUACAUUACUGAAUAUCUCGACGCAGGAUAUGCACAAUGUUUACUGGACGAGCCGAGUAAAGCGAUGUCAAAGUGGAGCAUUAAUCGUUUUCCUGGCGAAGUUUUUACCGGAGAUGAACAAUGCGAAUUAAUUUUUGGAACUGGUGCAAAACUCUGCUCCCACGAGCCCAAAGAUGUGUGCAAGAGAUUAUGGUGUACCGCUCCGCUCUAUGAUACAACGGAAGACUGUCACACGCAACACAUGCCUUGGGCUGAUGGAACAAAUUGCGGUGAAAAUAAAUGGUGUCAUCGUGGCGAGUGUGUCUCUCGUCAGAAUCUAAGGCCCAUUGACGGCCAAUGGGGUAAUUGGGGAGAUUAUGGAGAUUGCUCACGCACAUGCGGCGGUGGAAUUAAGAAAAAAUUUCGCGAAUGCAACAAUCCAUCGCCACAGAAUGGAGGGAAUUACUGUAUUGGCGAACGUGUUAAAUAUAAAAAUUGUAGCACCAAAGAAUGUUCAACAGAAACUCCUGAUUUUCGAGAAGAACAAUGUGCGGCGUUCAAUAAUGACAACUUGGAUAUUCGAAAUCUUCCCCGAGACGUCACGUGGCAUGCAAAAUAUACGAGGAUACUUCCGGAAGAUAGAUGUAAAUUGUACUGUCAAGUGGAGAGUAAUCAGUACUACAUGCUGCGAGAUAAGGUAAUAGAUGGAACGCCCUGUGGGCCAGAUACCUUUCACAUGUGUGUCAAUGGACGUUGUUUGCCAUCUGGCUGCGAUCACAUUCUAAAUUCAUCGGCGAAGAUGGAUUCAUGCGGCGUUUGCAAGGGUGAUAAUUCAUCCUGUCAGAGAAUCACCGGCUCAUUUAAUUCCAGCUUUUAUGGAUACACCAGAGUCACGAAAAUUCCAGCCGGCAGUAGCUUCAUCGAAAUCAAGCAACAUGGUUGGGAAGGACUUCACAAUGACUCCAAUUAUCUCGUAUUACGCUAUGCCGAUCGUGAGGAAUACAUUCUAAAUGGAAAAUUCAUGGUUAUGAAUCGAAGAGUAAUCAGACGACCGGAAAUGACGAUCGAAUACAGUGGACCUGAAGCAAUAAUUGAGCGCCUCAAUAGUUCGAGACCAAUUAAAGUUGACCUAAUUUUAGAGGUGCUUUCUGUGGGAAAAAUAUCUCCGCCUCAGAUUACUUACGAAUACACAGUUCCAAAGAAGGUCCUAGAACGAUACACAUGGAUUCUCAGCGGCUGGUCUCCAUGUACCUUGAGUUGUCAAGGAAUGAAAUAUCGACGCGCCGAAUGCAGAGGAACUGAGCACAAAGACGUCGUUCCCGAUGGUUAUUGUCGGGCAGAAAAACCCAGAGAAGAGAGUCAAAUGUGCAAUAAUCACUGUCUCUUCCAAUGGCAAGUAACGUCGAAAUCGGAAUGCUCGAGUCAUUGUGGUAAUGGAACGCGAUCAGUCACCUCUCGUUGUGUUCACAUUUUGCAUAUGAGUGAUAAAAGUCAAGCGCGCCAACUGCCCGAUUAUAUUUGCUCUCAUUUGGAAAGGCCGAAGGAAAAAGAGCCGUGCAUUGGAUCGUGUCACGAUCUUCGUUGGAAUUAUGGUGCAUGGGGUGCAUGUUCAGUGACAUGCGGUGGUGGAAUUCAAAGAAGGUCAGCGAACUGCAUUGACUCCAAGGGCAGACCAGUACCUGAUGAAAAAUGCUCGACGCAGGAGAAAAUAGUGACAAGUGUCUGUGGUCAAGAAACAUGUCCCAGAUGGGACUUUGGUGAAUGGAGUCCGUGCUCGGCUACUUGUGGACUGGGAAAACAACAAAGGCCUUAUUGGUGUCAGGUGGAAAAUCGUGUGGUUCAUGCAAAUUAUUGUAGCGGAUCGCCUUCGCAAAUCUCGAAAGUUUGUGAUGCAGGUCCUUGUUAUAAGUGGCAUUCCACUGAAUGGACACCGUGUUCAGUUUCCUGUGGUGAAGGAAUUCGUAAACGAGAAGUAACGUGUAGAGAUGGAAAUAAUAUGGUUAUGAAAAAGUUAAAUUGUGAAUUUACAAAACAACCGAUGGAUACUUCCAGUUGCGUCAUGAAUCUUUGCCCUACAGUUCAAACUCUACCGUCUAUUAUUUCAACAUUAAAAUCUCCACUUGACGACCCAUCGGAACAUGAUAACGACGUGAAUCACGAAAGUGUUCCUUCUCACAAAAUAUACAAAUGGCAUUCGGAAUCUGCCGACGAAGUAUCACGAAGACGACACUGCAAUAUUUAUCCGUGUCCUCUUUGGAGUACAGGAGAAUGGAGUCAGUGUGAUGUGGCUUGUGGCGAAGGAUAUCAGUAUCGCCAAGUUCGAUGUCGCAGUUCAAGAGGAACAAUUUUACCAGACAAGGAGUGUGUAAUAAAACAAAGACCUCGUCAUUUGAGAAAAUGUGAAAAUCCACCGUGUAAUCCAUCGAUGGACAAUUCUUUCCAUAGAUGGCGAACAUCAGACUGGAGUGCCUGUUCAACGGAAUGUGGAGAAGGAAUUCAAAGAAGAAAUGUUACCUGCCAUUUGGUCAAUGCCUAUGGAUGGCUCGAUUCAACACCAAUUAACGAAUGUCCCACAAUUGAGAAACCAAUUGAUCAACAGUCAUGCAAAAUCAAGGAUUGCGAUUAUUACUGGACAGCUGGCAACUGGAAGAAGUGUAGUCAUCAGUGUGGAAGGAAAGGGAGACAAGUGCGACGAUUGUUUUGUCACAAUAAAGACGGGAAAAAGGUGCCGAGAUAUAAUUGUCCGAUGAAAUUAAAACCACCGCGAAAGAGAAAAUGUAAUCAACGUCGUUGUGGUCCAACAUCGUGUAUGGAAAUGCAAAAACGAUUCAGAUCGACAAGAGAUGGAGAGUACAAUCUUAUUAUCGGUGGAAGAAAUAUGUCUAUUUAUUGUUACGACAUGGUUGGUAGGGAGCCGAAAGAAUAUCUCACAUUGCCUGCUGGGGAUAAGGAGAAUUUUGCCGAAAUUUAUGGCAAAAGAUUACGAAAUCCUCAGACUUGUCCCUUUGGUGGACAAAGAAAUGAAAGUUGUCACUGUGUGACAGAUCCAGGAACAAUUGCUGGAAUUACAGCAUUCAAGCGAGUGCGAAUAGAUGUCAAUAAAUUGUAUAUCAUAGCUGAUGACUACAGAUUUUCCUGGACUCGAGGCUCAAAACGUGUUGAAUUUGGAAAGGCCGGCGAUUGUUAUAGUUUGGCUAAUUGUCCUCAGGGUCGAUUCAGCAUUAAUUUAACUGGAACUUUCUUCAAACUCUCCCCUCAAGUUUCAUGGAGUACACAAAAAUCUCGAGCUUUCCUCUUAAUUAACAGAAUAAAUGAUCAAUUAAUUGUCGGUAAAUGUGGAGGCUACUGUGGAUUUUGUGCGCCAAUGUCCGGUUUAAAACUCGAUAUUCUGCCUCCAUAGAAACUGAGGAAUAUAAUUAGGAAUUUUAAAUUAUUUUAUCAGAAUUGAAGAAUGAAGAAGUCUUGCUUCGAAUAAUUCUCUUUUCGUUGUCUUUCAGUUGGUUCAUCAAAGUGAACUUUGGACAACAAAGUUAUUUAACUUUGUUUCAAACCAGGAGAAAUUUUUUACUGAGAAGUUUUAAAAAAAAGAAUAGAGAAACUCGAGAAGCAGACUGCAUGUCUUUAUGGCGAAAUGUACAUAUUCGUGCCAUAUAAGUAUCA